GCUUCUUUUUUGGGUUUCUCCCUGGUAAAGUUCGAACAGCUACCGGUGGCCGUGACAAAAGCGAUUCACAAGAAACGACUAGCUUCAGUAACGGCAGAUCAACGACACCUUUACCACCCCGCAUGCAAAAAGAGCGACAACUCUAAUCUACCUGACAAGACAACCACCUCUAUCCCGCCACCUGUCACGCACUGGCUGCUGACGUGGAUCUUCCACCGAUUACCAGGGACAACAAAAAUGGGAUGUAGCUUUACCUUCACCCUCACCUCUCAAUUAAGGUAGAACCUUCUUGUCUUAACUACCACAGGCACCGGAGACCGGACCUUCGAAAGCCACCACAGCCUUCUUCUUCAGAUCCAGCAAUAGAGAACUCUGCCAUUUCCGGUUGCCUGUAUGGGGGUACUAAACGACGACGUCGUCGUGAUCCAGAAGGGUAAGACGCCCGGCGAGCCCUGCGUCAUCACCAUCAAUUGCCCCGAUAAGACCGGCCUCGGUUGCGAUAUUUGCAGAAUAAUCCUCGAUUUCGGCCUCUACAUUACUAAAGGAGAUGUUUCGACUGAUGGGAAAUGGUGCUACAUAGUAUUAUGGGUGGUUUCUCAUUCCAGCUCGCUCAUCUUGAGAUGGUCGAAUUUGAAAAACCGCCUUCAAUCCGUAUGCCCGUCGUGUUUGGUGUCGUAUUACUUUGACCAACCGUCUACGCACGCCGCCUCUUCUCCGGUUUACCUGUUACAGUUCUUUUGCCUUGGCCGAAAAGGGUUACUGCACGAUGUUACGCAGGUCCUCUGUGAGCUUGAGCUUACAAUUCAAAGGGUGAAAGUGAUGACCACUCCGGAUGGCAGAGUCCUCGACCUCUUCUUCAUAACAGAUAACAUGGAGCUUCUACACACAAAGAAGCGACAAGAUGAGACGAUGGAACAAUUGCAUGCUGUUUUGGGUGAAUCAUGUAUCAGCUGUGAACUUCAAUUGGCAAGUCCUGAGUAUGAAUGUCAUCAGGGAAUUUCUUCUCUUUCUCCUCUUGUAGCUGAGGAGCUUUUUAGAUGUGAGUUACCAGACGAGGAAAUCUGCUCUCAAGCUCUUAGUCCAGAUAUGGCAAAAUUGAUGAAAGCUAGUGUGACCAUAGACAAUUCAUUGAGUCCAGUUCAUACAUUACUUCAAAUACACUGUGCUGAUCACAAGGGUCUAUUGUAUGACAUCAUGAGACCAUUGAAAGACUGCAAUAUCCAGAUAGCUUAUGGUCGACUCUCAUCGAAUAACAAGGGCUAUGGUGAUUUGGACCUAUUUAUACAACAAAAGGAUGGAAAAAAGAUUGUUGAUCCUGACAAGCAGAGUGCAUUAUGUUCCCGUUUGAAGGUGGAAAUGCUCCAUCCUUUGCGUGUCAUCAUUGCGAACCGAGGACCAGACACCGAACUGCUGGUUGCUAAUCCAGUUGAGUUAUCAGGAAAGGGAAGACCACGAGUUUUCUAUGAUGUUACACUUGCUCUAAAAUCACUUGGGAUCUGCAUUUUCUCGGCUGAAAUAGGAAGGCAUUCAACAUCGGAUCGUGAAUGGGAGGUCUACAGAUUUCUUUUGGAUGAGAACUGCAACUUCCAAUUUUCUAAUUUGGUAGCUAGGAAUCAGAUUGUAGACAGAGUUAGAAGAAUAUUGAUGGGCUGGUGAGUAGAUUUAUUUUCCUUUAUAACAAGGUUCUGAGUUCCACUUAACUCUGUGAGCUCUCUCUCUCUGUCUCUCUCUCAUCUCAUCUAUGAUGUAUAUAUAUGGUGCAUUAGUUGCUAGUUACCUAACGCAGAUAACAAGUAUUCUUGAAUCUCCAUCUCACUGCUGUAUGUUGACCAUAUUUCCUUUUAGUUGUGAAUGUCUUUAGGCUUCAUGGUCUAGGUUUUGUGAGCUAUGAAUUUCCCAUUUGUCAAAUGUAAUUGUAUUUCUGUUUUGCAUUUUCUUUGUUAUAUUAUAUGAGGUGUUGCUUGGGUUUUAA